CAAAACAAAAGUCAAAAGAAGAUAACCGUUAGGGAUACAGUGUCCAGCGAGCGAACAUCAUUUGAAAAACUCAUCAUCUCCUUCCUUCAAAUUCUGCAUUCCACACACACUAACAACAUCCUCCUCACCAAACCCUAACCACAAUCAUGCAAGACUUUUUGGGCUCCCUUCGCCGCUCCUUGGUUUUCCGCCCCGGCGGUGACGAUUCACCUUUUGCCGGAAUCGCCAACAAGCUCGGCUCCGCCAUUCGCAAAUCGCGAAUCGCCCUCGAACCUCCUCCUCCGAUACGGUGGCGCAAGGGCGAGUUGAUCGGUUCCGGCGGCUUCGGUCACGUCUACAUGGGAAUGAACCUCGACUCCGGGGAGCUUAUUGCCAUCAAACAGGUUUUAAUUGCACCUGGUAGCGUAUUCAAGGAGAAUACACAGGCUAAUAUUCGGGAGCUCGAAGAAGAAAUCAAGCUUCUCAAGAAUCUUAAGCAUCCAAAUAUUGUUAGAUACUUGGGAACCGCUAGAGAGGAGGACUCCUUAAAUAUUCUGCUGGAAUUUGUACCUGGUGGAUCUAUCUCAUCGCUCUUGGGGAAAUUUGGAUCCUUCCCUGAAUCCGUUAUAAAAAUGUAUACAAAACAGCUUUUACUGGGCCUUGAAUAUCUUCACGAUAACGGGAUUAUUCACAGGGAUAUAAAGGGUGCCAACAUUCUAGUUGAUAACAAAGGGUGCAUUAAACUCACAGACUUUGGGGCAUCCAAGAAAGUUGUUGAACUGGCUACCAUCAACGGUGCAAAGUCAAUGAAGGGCACACCACAUUGGAUGUCUCCUGAAGUUAUUUUACAGACAGGACAUACAAUCUCCACUGAUAUAUGGAGUGUUGCAUGCACUGUGAUAGAGAUGGCCACAGGAAAGCCUCCAUGGAGUCAACAGUAUCCCCAGGAGGUUUCAGCUCUUUUCUAUAUCGGGACAACUAAAUCUCAUCCACCCAUACCUGAACAUCUGUCUGCUGAGGCAAAGGACUUUUUGCUGAAAUGCUUCCACAAGGAACCAAAUUUAAGGCCUUCUGCAUCAGAAUUGUUACAGCAUCCAUUCAUCACCUGCAACUAUCAUGGAUCUUAUUCAAUAUUACGCAGUUCAAUCAGGGACUCUUGCAAUAAGAUGGCAACAUAUGGAAUGAACUCUAGAAACUUCUUGGAUUCUGUCCAGGGAUCAACUUGCACGGGCUUAAAGGAUGUUUGUCAGAUAGAUAGCAUACAAUUCUCAACUGUGUAUCAUAAAGCAGAUUCCUACCAGAGAGCAAGCAACAAUGAUGAUGACAUGUGUGAGAUGGAUGAAGAUGACUUUUUCAUUGAUUCAUCAGUAAAAUCGAAAUCUCUAUUGGCUUCUGAUGAUAUGAAGAGUUUCAAUCCUAUGUGCAAACCUUUGGAUGACCGGCCUUGCAAUUUUGAUGAAACCCAAUAUUUGGAGAAAAGCAGACCAAACUUGCCAUUUUCAAGUGAGGCUCUAGGAACUGAAGAUGAUGAUGAAGUUACUGAGUCUAAAAUUAGAGACUUCCUGGAUGCUAAGGCCCUUGAACUGAAGAAGCUCCAAACACCUCUUUAUGAAGAAUUCCGUAGCAUAUCAAAUGCAGCCAUUGCUCCAGCUCCCAUCAAAGUUGCCAAGAGUAAAGUUAUGUCAGAUGUCUCAAAUGUAACAUCAUCAAUAGGCAGGUCAGCUAGUCAGGCUUGGAGACGAUUCUCAAUGGUUGGCAGUGCUAAUGUUGCAAGCCCUGGUGGGAGUCAUACCAAAUACCGAUCAAAGCUUAGUGGUGCUCACUGUCGACCUUUGCAGGAAAUUCAACCAUCUGAUCUUAAUCAAUCAAAGGAGACUCUUCAUAAUGCUGAGCUGGAAUCAUCUAGUGUAAGCUCAAGCUUCUCUGAGAGGCAAAGGAAAUGGAAGGAAGAAUUGGUUGAAGAGCUUGAAUGGAAGCGAGAGAUGAUGCGUCAGGCCGGAAUUGGAGGGAAGAUAACAUCUCCAAAGGAUCGUAAAUUUUAUGGAGACUGAUGGAUCCACCCUUUGCUUUUCCAGGCUACUGAUUUAUUCAUCUUGGCAUUGUCCUGCAGGGAGAAGAAAGUGUUUUUCCUUGGGAGAAGUCAUGUAAUCUUGCAAUGUCAUCAAAUUAGAUGUUGCAACAAAGAGUAGGAAAUAUUGGUUCAGCAGAAAAAUGAAAAAUUAGCAGUAUAUUGAUUUCCUUCUCUUUGAAUGUUUUGUCAAUUCAAUGUAAUAUAGCGGGGGAUAUGCAUAUAGUGUACUGAGUUGUGUAUUAUGUAUAAAAAAUAUUCUCUUAAUGGAAAGAAGCAAAGAAAAUUUAACCGAGUA